CACAGCAUUUUCAUCAAAAGCUUUGAAUACCCUCUUUCAUUUCUUCCAAGAAAAGGCUAAGAGAAUCUCGAAAAAGAGCCAUAGAAGACUUUUCCAUAAAGCCAUGGCUUGCUGGUCUGCAGAAAAUGCCACAAAGGCCUAUCUCAACACACUGAAAAUGGGUCAAAAGGCCAAAGAGCCAGCAGUUGCAGAGUUCAUAUCAGCACUAGCUGCUGGCAACAAUGCACAACUGAUGGUUGUGGCGUGUGCUGGUGCAGCAGACUCCACCACACUAGCAUUAGUCAGUGCUGCACACCAAACCGGUGGCCAUGUUGUUUGCAUUGUCUCUGGCCAUGAUGAAUUAAAUGCCUCAAAAAAGGUUCUUGGAGUGAAUGCUAGUGAAGUCCAGUUCAUGGUUGGAGAGGUUCAACAGGAACUGCUGUUGUUGAGACAAGCAGAUUUUGUGGUGAUUGAUUGCAACCAUGUUAGCCAUGGAGAGAUUGUUAAAGCAAUCCGAGAUGGUGGGAUGCAAAAUGGUGCAGUGGUUGUUGGCUGCAAUGCACUUAGCUGCAGAGGGUCAUGGUGGUCUUGUGGAUCAAAAUCUCAGUUGCUGCCUAUAGGAAAAGGGCUUCUGGUUACAAGAUUUGGAGGAAGUGCUGCAAGCCCAAAACAUGGAUCUGGAGUGAGUAAGAGCAGAAGUAGUCGUUGGAUUGUUAAGGUAGAUAAAUGCACUGGUGAAGAACAUGUGUACAAGAUCAGAGUUCCACAGGGGAAAGUGAUUCAAGCUUAAUCAUUUGGUUAAGUGCUUGAUUCAAGCCAUUAUGCUACUUUUCCAUUACUUUCUAGGGAGAAUGGAGUGGUUAAAUUUUCCAAUUAAGAACGAACUAUAGGAGUUGGUGUUGGUCUACGCUCUUUGAAUUUCAUAUCAACUAGAGAUAAAACUAAUUUAUAAUAUAUAAGUGAAGUAAAAACAUCGUCUUAUAGGUCAGUUUCGUGGGACUGAGUUAGGUUUAAACUUUCCUUCUCAACAAACUUGAAAUGUAUAUAUAGAUAUAUUGUUAUUACAGUUAUUACAAAAAAUGGUUUGCAGAAUUUUGUUGUCUUGCAGAAGUACUUCUGAUGAAAAGAAAGAUCAAAACUCAAGUAAUCUUCUUCUCAAAAUAUAGUGUUCUUGUCCUCUUUGUAGCAAAUGAGGACCACAACAGAACAGAUAUACCAGAAGUUUUCUAGCAGACAUUCUGAGUCAUAAAAAUACAUAUGUAAAUCUUAUAUUUUAUGUUUUGAUGUAAAAUACCAUCAAAUAAUAUUUGAAAGAUAAAAAAGUUUACUGGUUAAUUUGACUCAAUUUUGUAAC